AUACAUAACAGCGGUUGAUAGUCAGCGUUUUAUCCUAAGCGUCUGGCCUUGGAAACGUUUAUCAGACAUGAUUUCUGAAUUACUCGGCAUUUAGCGUUAGCUAGGCAGCUAGUUAGCUCCUUAAGCAUCGAUUAGGAUAGAAUCCACCAAUGCGGUAGUCACCUGUGCUUCAUUAUGGAAGAUUUUUCAAUUUGGAGAAAAGUAAUAGGAUGGGCCAUAUUGUGGUAUACUUCAUAUAGAUUUGUGAAGAGAUUUAACAGCACAAAAUGCCCAGAGUACAGCUGUCGAAUUAUAACAGUUAUUCAUGCAAUUAUAAUCACUGUGAUCAACUGCAAGCUUUUGUUUUUCUCAGGGACAUGGCCGUUUGAUAUGUUAGGCCUUCCGAAUAAUCCGAUUGAAAUUGAUGUUAUUUCUGUCUCGUUAGGAUAUUUCUUUUAUGAUUUUAUAUGGUGCCUCCAUUAUAACACAGAAGGACCAAUCAUGCUUAUUCAUCAUAUGAUCAGUAUAGUGACAAUGUCCAUCAGCUUAUGGAUGGGGGUGUCAGGAGUUGAAGUUUUGGCAACAAUCUUUGGAAGUGAAAUUUCAACAAUAUUUUUAGAUCUACGAUGGUUCAUUAAAUACCAUAAGAUGCAUGAUACAACUUUGGGAAUAACAAAUGAUAUUUUAUUUGUUCUUUUAUUCGUUGGAUUUCGAAUAUUUCUUGGAGGAUACCUCGCAUACUGUGAACUUCUUUCACCGGCACCCAUUAUUAUGAAGCUCGGUGGUUCAUGCAUGUACUUAGUCAACUGUGUAUUUCUGUUACAAGUUCUAUCAUUUGCAAGAUACAAAGCUAAGAAAUUGUUAUUCAAACAACCAUCAAAACAAACCUUCACAACUUCAGAAAAAAAAUCGAAACCAGAGAUGAACGGCCAUACAAAUGGAAACGCAGCUGGUGACAUGGCAAAUGGAGUCAGAUAUAGAAGUACAACAGAAGCAAAAUAAACGGUAUUCCCGUAGUGUGUGUACCAGGUUAGGGUUAGGUCAUAAUUUCAUUCCGAUUUUCCUUAUUUUAGUUCCAUUACGAGUUCUGGGACUGUCUGUGUUAGCAAAGUGAAUAUACCCCCUGCUCAUAGUCCCUUCACACAACUUGAUGUAAAGUAAGCGAACAAAAUUAGUUACCUCCAUAUUGGUACACACACUUUUCUGAGGUACCUAAUAAACUGACUGUAGUGUAUGAGGAAUAUAGAAUCUCAGGGAUUGAUUUGAAAUUGAAGUUUAUAGGAAUAUUCACCUCUGCUUCAAACAAAUAAAAGUAAAAUAAAGUAUUUUAUGCUAUUUAAAGUGCUGCUGCACACUAACAUACCGUAAAUGUAGUUCUGUAAUGUUUCGCCUGACCAAAGUCAGACUUCCCCAGAUAAGCAGUUUACAGAAAUACAUUUGUGUUAGUGGGAAAAAAAAUGUUUUAAACGUCUUGUCCGAGUAAUUCUAAUUUUGGUCGGACAAAACGUUACGCAAAUACAAUUUGUGUUAGUGUACAGCAGUAUAGUCAUGUUUAUUCCUGCUACAGCAUCUUUGCAUUAUACGAAUCCACUUGCACGAAGACAUUGAGGAAGGAGUGGGAGUUAGUCUCGCGCAACCCAACUCAUAAUUGAGUAUUUCAUGUUGUAAGAAUA